AUGGGUCUGCUGUGGGUGCUGAGUAUCCUACUAGGACUAGCUGCUAGCACCAGUCUGGAGAAUGCAGAGGAGUGGCAAAUGUGGAAAGCUCAGCACGGGAAGUGGUAUCUGUCGUGGGGAGAAGAGAUGGAGAGACACAGAGUCUGGCUCACGAACAGAGAAUUCAUUGAGAACCACAACAAGAAGGCCGACGUACACGGAUACUCCCUGGCACUGAACCACUUUGGAGACCUGACAGACGAGCAGUUUGCGGAGAAGUACCUGACCUACAGAAGGAUCACCAGGAGACAGAGACGAGCUUUGGUCCAGUAUCAGCCGCCAUCUGGUCUCGUGAGAGACAGUGUCCCAUAUGAGGUGGACUGGAGAAAGGUCAACGCUGUCACUCCAGUACAGGACCAGGGUUGGUGUGGCUCCAGCUAUGCCUUCAGUACAGUCGGAGCUAUAGAGGGGGCGUGGGCUAUCAAGAGAGGUUCACUGAGAAACCUGAGUGCCCAAAACAUCGUGGAUUGCUCAGUUAUGUAUGGGAAUCUUGGGUGUCUGGGUGGCAACAUGUAUACCUCCUAUGAGUAUGUGUACAAGAACUCGGGAGUGGAUGACGCCAGCUACUAUCCCUACACUGGAGUAGAGUCUUCGUGUGCAUUUGUGAAGGCCGGAGUCGCAGCGAGAAUAAACGGAACCAAAAUCAUACAACUGGGAAACGAGGAAGAUUUGCAAGUCGCUGUGGCAGAAGAGGGUCCGGUAUCGGUUGCAGUGGAUGCCAGCUCUUCCACCUUCAGGUUUUAUCAGAAGGGGAUAUAUGAUUCAUCAGACUGCUCAAGAUUGAAAGUGAACCACGCCAUGUUGCUAGUUGGGUAUGGCAACAUUACCUAUCAGGACUACUGGAUUGUCAAAAACAGCUGGGGUGAAUCCUGGGGAAUGGAUGGCUACAUCUUGAUGGCUCGGAACAUGUACAACCAAUGUGGAAUUGCCACCGAUGCCUCCUACCCAACUCUGGGCCAACGCAGUAGCUGGUCUUCUUUCCCCCAAAUCUGA